GUCGAAGCUCAUCACUUCUGAGGAAGAAUUUGAUCGAAAAUUGUGAAGAUGAACUUUUUGGAAAUUUCAAAAUUCUAAUUGGAGGAAAAAUUCAGAGUUCACUUUUGAGGGAAAAUUCGAUGGAAGAUUGUGAAGAUAAAAUUUUCUGAAAUUUCCAAAUCCUAAUUGAAGGAAAGGUAGAGUAUUCAGAAUAAUUAGAAGAGCAUCGUGUCACUUUUAAGGGAAAAUUAUCGAGGAGAAGUUUUUUAAAAUUAAGAAAUCCAAUCGAAGGAAAAGCAGAGUGUUCAGCGUUUAUCGGCGAGGAAGGAACAACAGAAUCACACUUCUAAACACGCAUAACACAGUGAACAAUCGAAGAAAAGUGGCAUUCAUGAUAUUUGGCGUGGCGCGCAACCGGAGCGACGAGACACUUCGCUGGUGCCCGCGCGAGCGAAUUAUGGCGAGGCGGGCACAAUACGGGCUGCUGAUUCACACACUGGACACGCUCGCUGAUGUGAACGCCAAGAGGAAGUCUCGACUGAAUGAUCAAGCACAAGAAUCCGUGGUUCUCAUGGCCGGAAUGCCAACUUUCUAGCAAUUAGCUAAACAAUAACCGUUUCAUACUCUCUGAAACUACUUCCCUAUACGCCAUAUUUUGUAUUCACGAUCGACGACACUGAACUCCAACCAACAAUUCAGGUAUCCUUCAUUCAAGGAUCAACUUUAAAAACCGCGAAAUACCAUUUAACCAAGUUCGUUAAAAAUCGAUGAUCCUUUAGGAGGUUCGAACGUUUGUCCGGAGACGAACAAUGUCCUAUUGCAGGAUCACAGGAAGAAGCAGGGGACUCCCCAAGCCGAACUACUUUCCCCUGCUACCACCGAUCAGCCCUGCCGACGCGAAACGCUUCUGCAGGAUCACCGGCAAAUCGUACGGUCUGCCUACUCACCAUUACAUUCCAGUUCUGUUAGGUGUGCACAGCCACGACAAGUCGAAAUGCAAGAUAACGAACGCCUCUGGCCUUGGGCCGCAUCAUUACACAGCUGGCUUCAUCCUGGGCGAGAAGAAGAAGCACGUGAUCCUCAAGGAUUAUCGCUACGUGUUUCCAAUCUUGGAGGGAGAGGGAGAGCAGCAGAGAGCUCUCAGAGAUUUACUGAACACGAAGCAUCCGCUCGCCGAAGAGGAGCAAACUAAAUACGUGUACACGGUGGAGGAACGAAGAUGCAGCUUGGUGUUUCCAUCGAGACUGGAGGCUGCAGUCAGAGACGGAGAUGUGAAGGACGUGAUGCUGUCGAGAGACUGCGACACGGUGUUGUUCAGGCUGAAACAGGGGAAGAACGUGUCCGUGGACUUCAAGAAUCUGGAGGAUUUCGAGAAUUUGUACGACGGAUUGGGACCUAGUCAGGAUGUGAUGAAGGACAGAGAGAGGCAGGAGGCAGAGGCUAGGAAGAGGAAGAGGAAACGACAGGCUGGACUGAGCUACGCGAAGAGGAUCUUCGAGGAGAAGGAGAAGGCGGCUGAAGAGGAAGAGCUUAGACAGACGAAGCAGUUGAAACUGAGGAGUAUCAGAGAGGAGGCGAAGGAGGAGAAGGUAGAAACGUGGAAGCACGUUGAUCUGGAGCAAGCUAGAACUAGAACGUGCGACUUGAUCUCUGUUACCAGCCCCAUGAAAUGCACGGGGAACUGUAUAUCCGAGACUCUCGACUGGAACUCCUUCCAGAAGACUAUAGAAUCUCCCUUGGAACCUUUGGUGGAUAUAGUACCUUCUCCGCUGAAAGUGAAGCCUCAGAUCGUCGAGCAAGGCGCCUCAGCCUCGUGCAUCAGCCCUAUCUCGGAGAGCACUGGAGGAUUCGAGGCGAUAUCGAUAGUGAAGCCACUGACACCGCUGAAAAUAGAGCCAGACGCUGUUCUCCAGUCGGCAAUUCAGAAUAUUCCAGCGAACGAGCUGAAAGAAGUGUUGAACGUGAACGUGAAGCUUCUCCAAGCAGGCGACGAAGCUCUGGAACAAUUACCUCGAGUAGAGGAGAUCCCAGAGCUGGUGAAGAAGCUCGACAAGGGUCAGGUGACCACUCAGCACAAGAUUAAAGGUCUGAAAUUAGACGUAAAAUCCGCGCAGAGAUUUAUCACCGGGCAGACUGUGCAGACGCCGAUUGGGACUAUUUUUGUACCUGGCCAGACGCUGCAGACACCUCAGGGUCCUGCCUUCGUUCCCGGUUUAACGGUGAACACCCCCGAUGGACCUGUCCUCGUCCCUGGACAGAUACUCAACGUGAAAGAUCAAGAGAACAAGGAGAGCCCCGUAUUUAUAGCUGGACAAACACUUCCCACCGAGCAGGGUCGUCGAUUUCUUCAGGGUCAAACCUUCCACACGAACGAGGGUGCUAGAUUCGUCCAAGGUCAAACUGUGCUCACAGACGACGGUCCGAAGUUCGUCGCCGGUCAGAUAAGCGAGGAUGGAACCUUCGUUCCUGGUCAAACGAUCCUUACUCCCGAUGGACCCAGGUUCAUGGCUGGUCAAACUGUCACGGACGACAGAGGAGAGCAGGUGUUCGUUCCUGGACAGAACGUGCAGAUAGAGGAGAGUUGGGAGUUCGUUCCUGGACAGACCGUGGAGACUCCGACGGGAGAGAUUCGGUUUAUUCCCGGCCAGACGAUCCCAACGUGCCAGGGACCGCAGUUCGUUCCUGGACAACACGUCACUGCUAGUUCCGGAGACAGUUACUUCAUGCCUGGCGUGGUUAAAGACACCGAGGAGGGAGCGAAGUUUAUUCCAGGAAUGACUCUGGACACUCCCAAGGGUCAGAAGUUCGUGGAAGGUCAAGUCGUGAGGACUCCAGAGGGCGAGAAGUUCCUGCCAGGAAGAACGGUGAUCACAGAGAACGGUGUUCGAUUCGCUGCAGCGAGUACGUUCGACGAAGUGAUCUUCCACGAUGCUGGACCUCUCGGUAUACCUGUCGACCCUAAAACAGCUAACGUUCCCGUCGAACAGAAGGAGAUAUUCGGCCACAUGGUGCAGACGGAGAGAGGCGUGGAAUUCUAUCCGGAGAGUGCUAAGAAAUUGCCCGAAGGGAAGAGGAUUGUUCCAGGACAGCUGGUUCGCGGAGGAAAAGACGGUCCAAGGUUCGUACCAGGUGUCAUGACGGAAGACGGUUUUCUGCCUGGUCAGAUAGUGAUGACAGAGAAGGGAGAGCAGUUUGUGCCUGGUCAGGUAAUAGACACCAGCUCUGGACCUAAGUUCGUGCCUGGACAGAUGGUGGAGACUAGGACAGGUGCGAAGUUCGUUCCUGGUCAAACGGUGGACACUGCUGAUGGACCGAGGUUCGUGCCUGGCCAGAUCGUCGAGACGAAAGUCGGUCCCACGUUUAUUCCUGGUCAAGUGAUCUCUACGGAGGACGAAGGGUCUAGAUUCGUGCCUGGUCAGGUGGUAGACACCCCAGAGGGUCCCAGAUUUGUUCCAGGUCGCGUUGUGGAGUCUGGAGAACUUGGAGUGACGUUUGUGCCUGGUCAGAUAGUGCAAACUGAGGAGGGACCACGUUUCGUCGCUCCAGAUUUGACAGACACUCCCGAGGGUGAGGUAGAAUUCUCUGUGCAAGGAUUCGAGGUCACUCCUGAAGAAUUGAAACUGCUGAGGCCACAGAAUCUGCAUUACAAUCCUCACGUGCAGCAUCAGGGAGAGACCAGCAUAGAUGCCAGGAUGCUGAGACAGUUAUCCGAGGCUGGACUGUCUGUAGGAAGAAAAGUGGCCACUGAUUUGCCAGCUGUUGACGUUGACGUCGAUCCAAAAGCUGUCGCUCUAGAGCACGCUUUAGAAAUGGCCGAGAAACUUGGAUUACAUGGCACCACUGCUGUAAAAAUGGCGCAGAUAGUGUCCACUGUGGCGCAGUUGGCCAGAAAUAUCGUACAACAGUUGGAGGAGAGUUACAUGGAAAAGAACUUGACGAACGGUACCAAGUCUCCUGUUGCUAUAAACGAUAACAGAAACGGAGACGAAAGAGACAUUACGAGCGAAGAAGCUGGGGAUUGGUUGAAAGAUGCAGUUAGAACAGCGAUGUCCAGUGCUGUUCUAGCGAUCAGCAGUCAAUCUAUGGAAAACGAGCACGAUAGUAAGCAAGAUUUCGUGUAUUCCUCGAUCAGCGAGGCUUUCAACGUUCUUCUGAGACAGAAAAACACCAGCAUCGAGGAAUCUGUGGAGGAGAUUCUCCAAAUUCUUCUGGUUCCCCAAAAUCGAAGCAGUCUGUGCCAGUCAGCUCUGUUGGAACUACUCGACAACAAGAACAGCAAAGUAGACAUACUAAAAUCAACCAUAGUCAGUCAAUCCUUGAAAGAAGACGUGGUUCUAGAAAGACUAUCGAUGGUCCUCGAAGAGAACGGCGCAGACCUAGUUGGCCCAGCUUUCAGAACAGUCUCGAAGAACGAUCCAGAACUGGUCUCUCGCGUUCUCCAGAAAGUCUCAGAAGAAGUCUCGACGAUAGUCACGGAAAGAGAGGCUGCAGAGACGGUCCACAAGGCCAUCGUCCACGCAGUCAGAGAGUCCAGCGAGAUUCGCGUUCAAGAGUUACUAAACGACGAAGGAGGCAACGUUCGAGAGAUGCUUCUGCAAGCAGUAGGACUCGCCAGAGCUCUAGGCAUGUCGAGCAUCGCUAACAGCCUGCUAACAGUGAUCAGCGACGAGAAAUCAACGCAGGCUUUAGCCAGCGACAGAGUAACGUUGGACGUGUUGAAACGUCUGACAGUGAUGAGAAAAUUAGCCGAAGAAAGGCCACCGUUCAUGCACGCUCUGACACAAUUGUGCAGCGAUCCAGAACUGGCUAGAAUGGAUCCAAGGUUGAGAACUCUGGUCAGAGAGAGUGCUGCUCUGAUGAUCGUGCCUGAAGAAGGACCCCUUCAAUCUUCAGCCGACGUACCAACAGCUCUUCUUCACUCUGACAACAGUCUGGCCAUGGAAGAGUUUCUUCUGAGAAGAAGUCACAAGCCGUCGUCGAUUUUCAUGAUCUUGAAGCAAGGUAUACAGGCUGUGGUGCCUAGAGAAGCCUCUAGAUCGGUUCUAACCGGAGAAGUGGCUUACACGGUCCUCGACGAAGACGGAAUCCAUCAUUUCGAGCCUCUCCACGUUUUCUCCGCGUUGCAACUCGCUCGUCCGACAGCUCAUCGAUUCUCCAUGUACUGUUGUCCCGUCGCGAGAGACGAAGAAGUGGACAUCGAGAUGAUGUCCACGUUUACAGGGACAAUAUCGAUGGCUAGUAGCCUGGAUGGUUCUGGCAACGGAACGUAUCAGAGGCAAGAGUGCAACGGUGUUGUGAUGUCGAGAUCUGAUAAAUCCUUCGGCUACUCUGGCAGCAGAGAGAACACGCCGAGUUUGAGGAGACUGAGCAGCUUCCAGCAAGACUUCGAACGGAAGGCGUUGGACAACUACAUCGUGGUGAAGGAUUACAGGAGCGAGACUGAUGGAUUCUCCGUGAACGUUGGCGACAUCGUCGAGGCCCUCGAAUACGCGGAUCCAGCCAAGAGGAUCAAACUAGAUCCUGACUUGGAGAUCGGUGAAAUUGGCGACACGCUGGACAAUUCCGCUGCCUGGCAUAAAUUGUCGGUCAGACCGAGACGAAAGUAUGCCGAUCCACGUGCUAGAAGCAUCCCGAGGUCCUCUUCCGAAGGCAACCUCUACAGAGUGUACGUUCGUACAUCCGACUCAAGGGAAGGAUGGUUGCCGAUGGCUAUUUUGAUGCAAACCGCCCUCAGCGAGGACUCAGCGGCUGGACAUCGACCGGAGGACUCGCAAUUUCGAAGAGAGGCGGUAGUGAAAGAAUUAGUCGAGACUGAGGAAGAAUUUGGCAGGGACCUUCAGCUGGUCGUUGAACGUUACCUAAAACCCCUCGACAAUCCGGACGUUCCGCGAAUCGUUCGCGACAAUAAAGACAUCAUUUUCACGAACCUGAAGCAGAUCGCCGAUUUCCACAACACAUCAUUCGGCAGGGUGUUGAUCGAGGGUGUUAAGUAUUACGCGGAUCAGCCACGGAUGCUGGGAAAAACUUUCCUACGUUUGGAAAGAGACUUCGACAAGCACGUGGCUUACUGCAGGGACGAACCAGUGGCCCAAGAGUUUCUUCAAAUGAACGACGUGGUACGAGAAUACUUUGAGGAGCUGAGCCAGACUCUCCGUGACGACAAAAGCCUAUCGGAGCACUUGAAGCUUCCGAUACAACGCAUAAACGACUACCAGCUCCUGCUCAAGGAGCUGGUGAAGUAUUCGACCCGACUAGGCGAAAACUGCGACGACCUCCAAAAAGCUUUGGAGUUGAUGCUAGGUAUCCCGCACAGAGCGACGGAUAACAAGUUCAUAAGCAAUAUCGAAGGGUACAAAGGGAAUAUCCAUAAGCUUGGAAGAUUACUCACGCACGAGUGGUACACGGUGAUCGAUAAAGACGGCAAGAACAAGGAGAGGUAUCUGUUUCUGUUUAAAGCUCGAAUACUCGUCUGUAAAGUCCGACGAAUAUCGGAAGACAGAUCUGUCUUCGUUUUGAAAGACAUCAUUCGGCUACCCGAAGUAGAAGUGAAAGAUCAUCCAGAAGACAUAAGGUCCUUCGAGCUUCACAAUCCAACUAGUUCCGCUUAUCCAAUCACUUUAGUAGCCCACAAGGAUCCCGUGAAAGUCUACUGGCUGAAAGAAAUUCGACAGUACGCCAGCGAUGUUGUAGCUCUUGCUGAACACGCUGCGGACGAUUUGCAAUUAACCGAAGUACCAGAAACUAAGGAAGAGAUCAAAGGAAAUCCGGGCAAUCCGCAGAAGAUAGAAGGAAAUCCAGGAGCGAAAGGUAAUCCGGGACCAAAGGGGAAUCCAGAACCAGAGAAGGUGUCAGGUAAUCCAGGACCGGAAAAGGUUCAAGGAAAUCCUGACGGAAAGGCGGAAGCGGAAGGAGCAGACAUGUCGCGAAGAUACUCUUCCAGUCGAUACAGCAGCUCUUCGAAGGUUGUCGAAGAGUAUGCAUCAGUGACCAGCAGCCAAACAGCCACCUCAGCCUACAUGGAGUCAUCGAGCAGUGCAACGAGGAUGGAAUCCAGCUCUUACCAGGGCGGAAAUUCGCUAGAAACGAGAUCGAGCACAGCAAGAAUCGAGGGUGGCAGUGGAAUAGGAAAACCCGUGUUCGUGAAGACCCUAGAAGGCACCAACGUCGAACCGUUACCAGAAAAUAACGUGGAAAUGAUACACGCCGUAGCUGGGGAAAUGGCUGCGUUCGAGUGCACUUUGUUAAACACCGAUUCGUCGACGAGAGUGCAAUGGUUGAAGGACAACAAACCGUUGGAGGACAGGCUGGCAGAUCGCAUAACAGCGUCUGCAACAGGGAAGACCUUCAAACUUCAUAUUCAGAACGUGUUGGAGUCUGAUUCUGGCAUCUACAUCGCCAGAGCCAUGAAUACCGAUGGACAGGCUACCUGUACUGCUCAAUUAGUCGUGCAAAAACUUACUCCCGAGGAGAAGAAAGCACGAGCAGAAGCUAAUGCACCUAUAUUCUUGGUGCGUCUUAAGGACACUGAACUUUUGGAGAACACGUAUCUACGUUUCAUGGUGAAAGUGAAGGGAGAUCCUAAUCCAGAAAUGAAAUUCUACAAAGACGACGUUCAAAUCGACGCGAGCCAUCCACGAGUCAAGAUCGUCAGCGAGCAAUCUGACAAAGGCUUCUACGAGCUAGUGAUCGCUGACGUCCAAAAGCAGGACGCUGGAAAAUACUCCUGCACCGCGAAAAAUAAAUACGGAGAAGCCUCCUGCGAAGCAGCUGUGACUGUGUCUGACGACAAGAAUCUAUAUCUACCCGAAGACUUCCUGGAACCAGGCAUGGAGCCACAAUUCACCUGGCUGCGUGAUGGAAAACCAUUCGAUCCUGAGGAACGCUUCAAAGUGUUGUUCCAGGAUAACGAAGACACAUUAGCGUUGGUGUUCCAGCAUGUCAAACCUGAGGACGCUGGUCUUUACACCUGUGUCGCUCAGACUAGCACAGGUAACAUCAGCUGCAGCGCUGAACUGACGGUUCAAGGAGCAGUGCACCAGCUACUGAAGGAUCCAGAGCAGCCAAAACUGCGUUCAGAGGCGAGACAUUCUGAAGUGAGCGCUGGUGGAUCAGCAAUGUUGGAGUUACAGAUCAGAGGAUACCCGAAACCGGACAUCAAAUGGACGAAAGACGGAGAAGAGAUCGUUGCUGGUGGAAGAUACAAGUACCUCUGGGAGGAUGAAGAAUCUAUGUCCCUUGUGAUCAAGAACGUAACAGCGAAGGAUGCAGGUGUCUACACAAUCAGAGCAAAGAACGAGUUAGGCGAAGACACGACUCAAAUCGAGUUGAUCGUGAAAUCCGCGCCUAAGGUCAUCAAGAAGCAAGCAGAUAUAACAGGUCUGGUAGAUGAAACAUUAACGAUGACUGUACAAAUCGAAGCAACACCUGCACCGGAAGUGAAGUGGUACAAGGAUGGUCAAGAAAUUCGCGAAAGCGAUCGUAUCAGUAUCAUCAAAGAGGGCAGCGAAACUUACAAACUCACGAUAAAGAACGCACGUUUGGAAGAUGCUGGUUCUUAUUCGAUCGUUGCUCGUAACGAGGUUAAUCAGACGACGGAGAUCUGGAAGCUGAAGGUGCUUAGUCCACCUAAGAUCACGAAGAGAUUAGGGGAACCACAGAUACUGAACCAGGGAGACACUCUUAUAUUAUCCGUGGAGGUUGAUUCCGUGAUGCCGCCAAGUGUUAAAUGGUACAGGGAAGGAGAGAUGGUUGUAGAAGAGAGUAGAGUGAAAAUGACUCGAGAGGGUAAGAAGUUCACGCUGAAGAUCACGGGUAUAACGAGCGAAGAGCCGGGAAUUUAUAGGGCGGAAGUUACCUCGGACCAUGGUGUGACUUCUGAUGAAACUAAGAUUCAGGUACGAGGUCUCCCACGAUUCAAGUCAAGAAUGAGCGACGUAACGGUAAACGAAGGCGCCACGAACAUCGAGUUCAAAGUAGAAGUCGACGGCUGCCCAAAACCAAGCGUCCACUGGUACAUAGGAGACGUAGAGAUCACAGAGAAGCGAAAAGAAUUCGUUCGUUCGGAAGAAGGAGAUUUCUACAAACUCACAAUCUCCGAAGCAAAAGCAGAACUUAAAGGAACAUACACCUGCAUACUAAAGAACGAAUACGGUGAAAUUAAGAACAGUUCCACGUUGAUCGUAAAAACUCGACCAAAACUGCUCAAAAAACUCGCCGAUCAACGAAUCAAAGAAGGAGACACCUUGAAAUUGAUCUUGGAAGUAUCCGGUACACCUGAUCCCGACGUGAAAUGGUACAAAGACGGUCAAGAAGUCUCGGCAGACGCGAGAAUUAAGAUAACGAGGGACAGUAAACGUCAAGAGAGCUACGAUCUGACGGUGACAUUGGUAAAAGGUUCAGACGCCGGUGUCUACGAGGUUCGAGCUGAAAACGAAUUAGGCUACGUGACCAGCAAGAGCAAGAUCAUAGUGAUGACGAAAACGGAAGAGAACGAGGUGGAAAAGACGAUCGAGAAGAUCAGCGUGGAGGAAGAGGAGAUCGAAGUGCAGCAAGUGGAGGAGACGGAGGUGGAACCGAAGAAGAAGGAACAAGCCGAGGAAUCGGGACCGGAAGGUCGAGUGAGACUGGAGACACAAAACGUCCAAGUAAUGCGGGGACAGGGUGACACGAUAACAAUCUCUGUGGCCUCCACGACGACCCACGAAGCAAUACUCACAGGUCCCGACGAGAGGCACACUAUCAGCAAGAUGACCGCGACAAAAGUCGAGUGCCAGGAGUUGAACACAGACGGUCCUGGAGUCGAAGAAAUCGCCACCUAUAGUUACAGCGUACAAGAGGAAUCCGUGCAGAAACCGCAGAACGGCGUGUUGAUCGAGGAAUUCUCGGAAAACAGCGAAAUGGAUAACAAAUCGAAGCUACAAGUCAACCGCGGUGUAUCGAUCGUUUCCAUCUCCGACGACGAAUCCACCUUAAAAGCGAUUUCAAGAGACGUUAGCACGGAGGAUAUGCAAUUCGCUGAAUUAUCGGAAGAUCUGAAACUAACCAACGGAUCCUACGAAGAAUUCAAUGGAAAUGGACGUCUAUCUGACGAGAAAACACCAGACGAAGGUAAACUGUACAGAGGAUCGUUGAUCACAGAAACGAUCAUAGAGGAACGAUCUAUAGAAGAGUCUCCGUCUGAAAGAUCGACGCAAGAAACCGUGAAACUAGCACGAUCAGCUGUUCUCGAGAACGGCAGCAGCUCUAGAAAGCAAUCUAUAGUGAAUCUAGAACAACCGCAAACUCCAACGAUCGAGGAGAGCAAAUUGACGAAGCACAAGAUCGAACGUGUGAAUUCAACGGCGGAGAAGGUAGUCGAGACGAGUUUGGAGGAGGAAAAUCGUCGUAGAGGUUCGUUGCAGAAUGGAUUAUCUAGGCAGAGUUCGAAAAUAGAACGAAUGGAUUCGACGGAGUCGAGGAAAGCUUUGGAAAGAUCGAUCUCGAGGGAAGGUUCGUUGAAAGCGGCCCUAAGCGCCGACGAAGAGGCCGACGAAGAGUUCGAGGCUCUUCUAGAUCGUGUCAAGCGACAACGCAGCGUUCUGGACGAUAUCCUUGAGAAAGAAUCCUCCAGGGACUCAGCACCUCCUCACAUCCUCAAAUCGACGAUCAGCGACAAAACGAUCUACGAGACUCAAUCGGUGAAGUUCGAGAUCCAAGCGACGUCUUUGCCGAGAGCUGACGGGAAAUGGUUCAAGGAUGGAAAACCACUUCGUUCUGGGGACCGUAUAAGGAUCACCAGCUCUGGAGAAAACUUCACGUUGGAGUUGAGCAAGGCUAUUCUAGAGGACGAGGGAGUGUACACGUGUAUGUUCUCGAACAAACUCGGUGAAGCUAGUACGGAAGGAUAUUUGACCGUUGGUACCGUGGACGAUUUGAGGAGACCUAAGUUCAUCGAACCUUUGAACGACGUGGACGUCGCGAAAGGGAACUCCGGAGAGUUUAAGGCCACCUUCACUGCUGAUCCUGUUCCUGACAUGAUAUGGUACUUCAAAGGUGAAGAAAUCCCAGUUGACGACAGCCGCAUAAAGUGCAACGUACUGAAUAAACCAGUAGCGGACAAACUAACCGAAUCGACAGUCACUUUAAGCAUACCGAAAUGCUCGAAAGAAGACACUGGCGAGUACACGCUGAAGCUGAAGAACAAAUACGGCGAAGCUGAAGCCAGCGCUUUCUUGAAUCUCCUAUUACGUCCCGAGAUACAAGAUUUAAAGGACGUCGUCGCGCCUGUUGGAGACUCUCUCGUAUGGGAGGCCUUCAUCAAAGGAAAUCCCAAACCAGACGUCACGUGGAGCAAAGAUGGCACAAUUCUGGAGAAAGACGAAAGAUUCGAUUUCGAGGAAGACAAGAGGGCCAGGAAAUACAGGCUCAUUAUCAAAAGCGUCGAAGUGGAGGAUAAAGGGACGUAUACCGUAACAGCGAAGAAUUAUCUUGGAGAAGCUACUGCACAAGGAAACCUAACACCGCAUACCGAGAUACCAGAAUUCCUCACGACCCUGUCCAACGUGAGCUGCAAAGAUCGCGACGAGCUAGAGCUGAAGGUUCGCGUAACAGGUAUUCCCAAGCCAAAAUUGACCUGGCUGAAGGACGGCAAAGAGAUCCAAGAAGACAGUCGCCACAAAAUUACCACACACGUGGAUGGUAUCGUAGACAGCACUUAUUCCGUCACGACGUUCUCACAAAACGACGUUGGAUGUGUAAAGGUUCAAGCUAUCAACGUGGCCGGAAGUGCUGAGACUGCUUGCGACGUGAACAUGCUAAUGAUCACGCCUUCCUUUGGACACAUGCUGCCUAGAUCGACAGAAGUUGACGAGGGUGAUUGUUUGGAGCUUAAGGCUAAGAUAGACGGUAGCCCGAUGCCUGAAAUAGCUUGGUUCAAAGACGGAGAGAAGAUCGUUCCGGACGAUCACGUGAAGAUCGAGUCACUUCCGGAUGGUAGCAUUAAACUGACCAUCGACUGCGUGAAACCUACAGACUGUGGAGCUUACAAGUUGGUUAUCAGCAAUUCCACUGGUGACCAGACUUCUUUGUGCGCUGUAGCUGUGAAACCUCAAAGAAGAAGACCAUCCUUCACGAAACCACUGGAGGACACAAAGGCGAUCGUUGGACAGCCGCUGAAAUUGGAAGCUCAAGUGGUAGCUUUCCCGAAUCCGCAGGUACAAUGGUUCAAGGACGGUAUACCGUUGAGACACUCGAAAGAAAUCUACUACAUGAACGAGCCGAACGGUAUGAUCGGUCUGAGGAUCGAUUACGCCCGCCCGGAAGAUGCUGGCACGUACUCGAUGGUCGUAUCGAACUCGCUGGGCGAAACCACUGGCUCUGCCAAGGUGGAAGUCGAAGAGAAAGAGAAACGACCGGAAUUCGUGACCACUCUUCAACCACUGACCGUGGUGGAAGGAUUCCCAGCGAAGCUGGAGGUGAAACUUCUUGGAAAACCGCAACCACAGCUGCAGUGGUUCAAGAAUGGCGAAGAGAUCAUACCGGACGGAAAACGUAUAAAGGUGGUCAAGCAACCAGACGGAAGUCAAGCUUUGAUAAUUGAGAACGCGUCACCGGAAGACGCAGGAGAGUACCAAGUGAUAGCAGGCAACACGGAAGGCACCUCCAACUGCAAAGGAACCGUAGAAGUAGUCGGUAAACUGCAAUCCGAUCGUCCAGAAGAGAAACCCGGCUUCGUGAACCCUAUGAGAGACGUCUACGUGGAAGAAGGUCAACCACUGAACCUAGCCGCUUCCUUCACAGGAAAUCCCAUCCCAGAAGUAAGCUGGUCGAAGGACGGUUCUCCCCUGAAAUCGUCCGAUCGCCUCAGAGUGUCUUGCGACGGGAAAAAGACCGAACUGGAGAUCAAUCCUUGCGAAGCGAAAGACGCUGGCGUGUACGAGUGUCGUAUAUCCAAUCCGCUCGGCGAAGACUCCACGAAAUCGACAGCCAACGUUAGAAAGAUCUACCAAUCUCCUGGCUUCAUGCAGAAAUUCACGGAUCUCCAACAGUUGCCCGGUUUCGACGCCAAGUUCCUAGCACGUGUCACAGGUGUGCCGCGACCCGAUGUCACCUGGUACGCCAACGACAAACCGAUCUCGCCGAACGACGAGAAGUACAAGAUCAAACGUGACGGCGAUGCUUGCUGUUUGUACGUGAAAGACUGCACCUACGACGAUUCCGGAGCUUACAAGUGCAGAGCUGUGAACAAGGGAGGCGAGGCUGAGUGUGUUGCUAAUUUGGACGUGGUAGACAAAAUAGAGAGAAUGCAGAGGGUAGAACCUCCGUCGUUCUUGAAGAGAAUCGGUGACUGCGAGGUCUACAAAGGAAUGCCAGCUAAAUUCACAGCCUGCAUCACAGGCAACCCUGAGCCUGACUUCGAAUGGUUCCGUAACGGAGAGAAACUGUGGCAAACUGACAGGAUCAGGACUGAACAAGAAGGCAGUUUGUUGCGCUUGGUCAUAGCCAAUGUGGACGAACUGGACGCAGGCACGUACAUGCUGAGAAUAAAGAACCCUCAUGGCGAAGAUGCUUGCGUUGCUGACUUGAUCUACGAGUCACUGGAACCGAGAGCAAAGAAGGCACUGGGAGACCAAUACGCAGAUUUCGAUAAGUAUCGCAAAUCAGGCGUUCCUCUGCCAUUGGCAGAUCGUCCAAUCAUCAGCAGGAUGAUGGAUCGUCAUCUGACGUUGUCCUGGAAACCGUCCAUCCCCAUUGGUCCUCGAAUUCCAGUGACGUACCAAGUAGAGAUGUGCGAGCUACCAGACGGCGAUUGGUUCACAGCUAGAACUGGGAUUCGCAGCUGCGUCUGCGACAUCCGCAACCUGGAGCCCUUCAGGGACUACAAAUUCCGUAUUCGCGUGGAGAACAAAUACGGAAUCAGCGAUCCAUCGCCGUUCGCGCAGACUUAUCGCGCUAAAUUAGAGCCAGAACCGCCUAAAUUCUUCCCCUAUCUACCUCCUGGCAUCGAUUUCCGGCCUGAGACCAGUCCUUACUUCCCCAAAGACUUCGACAUCGAGAGACCACCUCACGAUAAUUACGCUCAGGCGCCUAGAUUCCUUCGUCAGGAAUACGACACUCAGUACGGCGUGAAGAACCAUAAUUGCAGCCUGUUCUGGUUCGUCUAUGGCUAUCCGAAGCCAAAGAUGACGUACUACUUCAACAAUCAGCUGAUAGAAUCUGGCGGUAGAUACGAUCAGAGCUACACGAGAAAUGGUCAGGCCACUUUGUUCAUUAAUAGGAUGCUCGAGAGGGACGAAGGAAUGUACGAGGCUGUUGCUACUAAUGAACACGGUGAAGCUAGACAGAGGGUUCAUCUGCAGAUUGCAGAGUAUCCAACGUUUAUUCAGAGACCGGAGGAGACUAUAGUGAUGGUCAGGAGGACUGGACAGUUGAUGGCUAAAGUCACCGGUGUACCUUUCCCGGAGAUUAAAUGGUACAAGGAUUGGAAACCUCUUACCUCCUCUUCGAGAAUAAGGAUCGAAUUCAACGAACCGGACACGACAGUUCUCGUGAUCAGCGACACUAUCGUGAAGGACGAAGGCCUGUACUCUAUCAGCGCGAGAAACGUGGCUGGAUCGAUCUCCUGUUCCGUGAUGCUGCACGUGGAAGAGAACGAACACGAGUACGGAUUCAGAACGUACAGGAGGAAGUCGGACAUUAGACCACGUCACGACAAACCUCUGGACGAUCUGUACGAUCUUGGUGACGAGCUUGGUCGUGGCACACAAGGCGUCACUUAUCACGCUGUGGAGAGGAGCACAGGUAGAAAUUAUGCGGCGAAGAUGAUGCACGGAAGAGGAGAGCUCAGGCCUUAUAUGUACAACGAGAUGGAGGUGAUGAACAACAUGAACCACAGGAAAUUGCUGCGACUGCACGACGCUUAUGAGACCGAUAUAUCGCUCACGUUGAUCAUGGAAUUAGCUGCUGGUGGAGAACUUGCGGACACUCUGACGAAACAAGCCUUCUACACCGAAGCAGACAUCGCUGGUUACAUUAGACAAUUACUCUGGGGAUUGGAGUACAUGCAUUCUAAUCAUUACGCUCAUCUUGGCCUGACGCUCGGAGAUCUGUUGAUCUCGCACACAGGAGGCGACGAUCUGAAGAUCUGCGACUUCGGUUUAUCGAGAAGAAUCUCUCAAUCGAGAUUAAUGAUCCUUGCCUACGGUAUGCCUGAGUACAUAGCACCGGAAGUGACCAACAACGAGGGAGUGUCGUUUGGCGCAGACAUGUGGUCCGUUGGUAUAAUCACUUACAUCUUGCUCUCUGGAAUCUCGCCUUUCAGAGGCAACAACGACAGGGAGACGUUGAUGAAGAUCAGAGAGGGAAAAUGGGAUUUCGACGAUCGUUGGGUGAAUAUCUCAGAGGAUGCUAGGGAUUUCAUUCGUUCUUUAUUGAUGUACAACACCGAGAGGAGAAUGGACGUGACCGCUGCUCUUGCUCAUCCUUGGCUCAACUAUGCCGAUAGGUCUUCCCUCGAUUUGUACAAGAUUCCGUCGGAGAACUUGAAGAAUUACUACAAGCUGUACCGCGACUGGUACAACAACGCUUCCUGCCGCACAUGGUACCGCCGACGCAAGCUAAAUUCAGCCUUCGAACAUCCAUCCAAGAUGGUCUAUCCACCUGGUGAAAGAUACACACCCGAACCAGAUGACAGACCAUACAUACCAACCGCGAAACCUCCAGCUAAACCAUGGGACGUUGACAUACCCUCGAGAGAACCGAUUGACACCGAAAUUGGAGUUAUUAAGAGCGAGAGCCACUAUCAAAAUGGACCAGACACCUAUCUCCUCCAACUUCGAGACACGGACUUCCCCGUUCGUCUGCGCGAGUACAUGAAGGUUGCGUGCAAUCGCAGCCCUGGAUUCUCUCGUUCCAUCGCCGAGGAGAACUUCGACUGGAGGACGCCUAUUAUUCGAGAACGUCGUCGUUUCACGGACAUCAUGGACGAGGAGAUCGACGACGAGAGGCGAGCGAGGAUCAGCAGAUACGGAUCUCCGGAUACCUACACCUUGAGACGCUUGAAGCACGAAUUAGGAACGCGAUUGGACAGUUACGCGGAAGCAGAAGCGAUGUUGGAGUCGAAGAAAGAAGGACACUUGCCGUUCUUCCGUGAAAAACCCCAAAUUAGACCCAUCGAAGAGGGUAAACCUGCUCAAAUAGCGUGUUUAGCCGUGGGAAGUCCUAAACCGAUGAUUCAAUGGUACAAGAACGAUCUGAUGAUCCAAGAGAGUAAUAGAAUAACGGUCACCGAGGAUGAAGAUGGUAGAUCUAUCCUUAGCUUCAAUCCAACGAAGGAACACGAUGUGGGUAGUUACAAAGUUGUCGCGAGAAACACCUUGGGACAGACUGUGGUUAGAACGAGACUCGUGGAAGCUGUUGUUCCUUCCAGUCCUGAUUCUCCUGAGAUGUCUGACGUGUCAGACACAGAAAUACUUGUACGAUGGAAACAACCGAAAUACGAUGGCAAUUCUCCAGUAUUGUGCUACAGUCUGCAGUACAGAGAAGGCGAUAGAAUCGAAUGGAUAGAUAUCGCUUCGAACAUCGAUCACGAGUUCUUCCUUAUGAGAGAUUUAAAACCGGACACAAGCUACAAUUUCCGUUUAGGGGCUCGAAAUCGUAUCGGUUGGAGCGAAAUGAGUAUUCCUUCGAAAUUAUUCAAAACUAGACCAACGGGUUGUCCAAAGGUACAGAUCACACGAGCAAUGAGGCACCUUCAAGAAUUGACAGAAGCAGGCCAGAUAAUAAUGCCUGACGAAGACAGACCACACAUGGACUAUUCCAUCGAGGAUCAUCCUAUCGAAUGGUCAACCGAUUCGAAUCUCAGUAGCAAGUACAGCUUUAUCUCUGAGAUCGCCAGAGGUCAAUUCUCCACUGUGGUGAAAGGUGUUGAUAAAAGCACUGACCGUGUGAUAGUAGCGAAGAUCUUAGAGCUGCGUACAGAAACGGAGAAACAAGUGAACAGGGAGUUCGAAGCUCUUCGUUCGUUGAGACACGAAAGGAUAGCUUUGCUGGAGGCAGCCUACAAGGCACAAGGUUCUCCAGUCGCUGUGUUCAUUCUGGAGAAACUUCAAGGAGCUGAUAUUCUCACUUAUUUCUCGAGUAGACACGAGUACACUGAGAAUUGCGUAGCAGUUGUCAUUACUCAGAUUCUGGAUGGUCUACAGUACCUCCAUUGGCGAGGAUACUGCCACCUGGACAUUCAACCUGAUAACAUAGUAAUGUCGACCGUUAGAUCGGUUCAAGUUAAAUUGGUCGAUAUGGGAUCUGCUCGAUUGGUCAGUAAAUUAGGCACCUUAGUACCGAAGGCUGGUCAUCCAGAGUAUAGAGCGCCAGAAGUAUACAAUGAAGAACCAGCUCAUCCUCAAACAGACGUUUGGAUGGUCGGUGUUUUGAUGUAUGUUCUUCUGUCUGGUAUUUCGCCGUUCCGUGGCAAGGAUCCUGAUGAGACCAGACAGAAUAUUCUGUUCGUGAGAUACAGAUUCGAAUAUUUGUUUAAAGAGUUGAGUCAAGAAGCUACAAGGUUCCUUAUGUUGGUCUUCAAACGGGCACCCGGUAAAAGACCACUGGUGGAAGAGACCCAUGAACAUAGGUGGUUACAAUCAUCAGACUUUAUGAUUAAGAAACGUGAAAGAGCUGUGUUCUUAGGCAACAGACUGAAAGAGUAUAAUGAAGAGUAUCAUGAAGAGAAGUCGAAAAUAGCAUCUGAUAGCCAAAACCUGGCAAGUGAAAGCCUAUUAGGAUCGACGCAAAAACUCAUCAGAUCGACUAGCAUACAAGAAGAACUGCUCACCACGUUCUAACGAAUAAGAUACUAUUAAGCGACGAUUUUCCAAUUUUCUUUACCUAUACGUGACUGUAAAAUUUCACGCACGUAUCUAGUCAGUCUCUUAGAGAGUAAGGAAGAGUAAUGGGAAUUAAAUGAGAAUAGAAUGGAGACAACUGAAAUACAAGAACCUUCUUUCCUUGCUCUCUUUUUUGUUAUUAUUUAUUUGUUACUUUUAAUUAUUUUAACAGAAUAUUACCGUCUGCUCAUACGUUGCUCCAAAGAUCUACGAGUAACAAGGAAAGAAUCGAUCGAUCGGUAUUUGAAUGUAACGUAAGAUAAAUCACAUUUUAACGAAUCAAGGUACAAACCAAAUCCUUUGAAAUUGUACAAAAACGAUGAU